AUGAACUUAUCGGAGUCUGUUUGGCUCUGGGAAGAGCCACGGAACCUCAGCACAUCGGAGGGAGAUGACCAGAAACUUUUAUUCGGGAUAGGCACGGAUAAUUUCAUCACGCUGCUGGUUUUCGGGCUCAUCUUUACGCUCGGCGUGCUGGGCAACUCCAUGGUGAUCACCGUGCUGGCGCGGAGUAAACCAGGGAAACCACGGAGCACCACUAACAUAUUCAUCCUCAACCUGAGCAUCGCAGACCUGUCCUACCUGCUCUUCUGCAUCCCUUUCCAGUCCACCAUCUACAUGAUGCCGACGUGGGUCCUGGGCGCAUUCAUCUGCAAAUUCAUCCACUAUUUCUUCACUGUAUCCAUGCUAGUGAGCAUCUUCACUCUGUCUGCCAUGUCCGUGGACCGAUACAUUGCCAUCGUGCACUCCAGAAAGUCCUCCUCCAUCCGGGUGGCGAAGCAUGCUUUGAUCGGGGUGGCGGUGAUUUGGAUACUCUCUCUGGCCAUGGCUGCGCCCGUCAUGUAUUACCAGAGCCUUUUCCACCGAGGAGAGAAUCACACCUUCUGCUGGGAAUGGUGGCCCGAUCAAAACCAGAAGAAAGUCUAUGUCGUUUGCACGUUUGUCUUUGGUUAUGUGUUGCCUCUUCUGCUGAUUUCCUUCUGUUAUGCAAAGGUUUUAAAUCACUUGCACAAAAAACUAAGAAAUAUGUCUAAAAAGUCAGAGGCAUCAAAGAAAAAGACUGCUCAGACGGUGCUGGUGGUGGUGGUGGUGUUCUGCAUUUCUUGGCUCCCUCAUCACGUGGUUCACCUGUGGGUGGAGUUCGGGACCUUCCCGCUGAACCAGGCCUCCUUCGUGUUACGGGUGGCCGCCCACUGCCUGGCUUACAGCAACUCGUCUGUCAACCCGGUCAUCUACGCCUUCCUGUCGGAGAAUUUCCGGAAGGCCUACAAGCAGGUGUUCAAAUGCCAGAUCGGUACCGGUGACUCCCCGCUCAACGACGUCAAGGAGAUCCGCAGCAAAGCAGACACUCCGCCCUCCACCAACUGCACCAACGUCUGA